GGAGAGCUGAAACACCCUGCAUGGUUGGUUUUCAGUGUGCCCUGCUUUCCUCCCAACCUGCGGAAAGGGGUAAUACGGCUGAGCACUAUGCAAAUCCCAGCCCAGGUGACUUGAGGGCUCUCACAGCAGCCCCUAUGACAGGCCUUGGCUUGGGUCAGUCAUGGACCAGAACUGUGGAAUGCUCUCAUCAGCCAGGCUUCGCUCAAGCCUUUCUGGGAAGAGAUGUUUAUAGUUCCAUCAGGAAAUAGUGUGGAUGCUCCCCAGAGGAAGGGAAACAGAGAUAACACGUCCAUCACUCAACUUAUCUUCCUGGAUAAUGAGCAGUUGUGGAAAAAAAAACAAAAAAUCUUACCAGCUAGAUUUUCUCACUUUCAUAUAAAACGAAAAUAGCUUUAUCAAGAAACAGCUUUACUUUCCCAGGAGCAUUUACUGGGCACCUGUGUGCUAGGCCCCUCUUUCAACUUAACACCAGCCUGGAAGGGAUUAUUCUCCCAUUCUGCAUAUAGGGAAACUAACACCCUAAGAGGCCCAGGGCUCCAAAGUAAUGGACUUCAGACUCCUCAGGGCUGAAAACGGACGACGCAGAGCCUCCGCAGGCAGUAGCUAUUAAUUGAAACCUUACAUUACUGUCAGGGCUGCGUGCGCCUCGGCAGAUGGUUCCAGAAGACUCAGUACCCUGUGGGCACCACCGGGUCCCGGGGAUCGUAGUUCCACCCCCUCCAACAGGGUGUGUUCUUGUUUACACCGUUUUGAGAGAUAAGGGCACACAUGGCGACCUCCACCCUCCCGGGCCCUUAUCGGAGGCCCCAAACAUUAUUUGGCCCUGAGCAAACAUCACUUGGCCCUGGGCACUUCUUGGUGUCGCGGGCUCGGACCAGCACUAAAGCUCCCGACCCUCGAUGUGGGCGACAAUGCGGCGCCGGUCAGCCUGGCUGGGGUCGCUGCAAUGCACCAAGGCGCGGAGAAGGAAGCCGAGGGGCGGAGCGGCGCGUGCGCACAAGGGCGCCGCGGGAAGUUGGAAACCGGCAGGCGGCGCGACCAGGUGGCUGCCCCAAGGGGACAGCCGGGGCAUGGGCCCGGCUGUAGGUUUGGCGCGGCGGCUGCGGACGGCGCUGCAGGAGGAGGAGUUGCGAUCUGUGGAGGAGUUGCUGCGCCGCGGUGCCGACCCCAAUCUGGUACUCGAGGAUGGCGCGGCGGCCAUGCACCUGGCGGCCAGAGCCCAGCACCUACGGAGUCUGUGUUGCCUCGAGGCCCUGCUGCGCCGAGGCGGGGACCCCAACGCUCGGUGAGGCCGGGUGUGGGCUCAGGAUCGGCCGAGGCACUGACACCGCUGCAUGUGGCCGCUGCCUGGGGCUGUCGCCGGGGCCUGGAACUGCUACUGAGCCAGGGAGCGGACCCCGCGCUCCGCGACCGGGACGGAUUCCUGCCUCUGGACCUGGCGGAGCAGCAGGGGCACCAGAACUGUGCCCGUCUGCUUCGGGAGCUGGAGACUCGGACCAGGACCCCAACCCGGACCUGGAAAGGCUCCCGGAAGCCAGAACCCGAGCCAGAGCUUGGAGGCCCAGGCCCUUGUGAAAAGGGGCUGGAUACCAGCCCCUCCGGUCCUCCUAAUGUGAUGCUGAACUCUACAACACUGGGCACAGGUGACGGCAAGGACAUGAGCCUGGAGGCUGGCCCUGGACCCCCCGGCCUGCUUGCCCACCCUGAGGCUGCUGACACAGAUGGUGGAUUGGAGUCCCCCCUGGGGCGCUGGGACUGCAGCUCGGUGACCUCCUUUGUCACCGCUGUUGAGGCCUUAGGAGCUGAGAACCUAACUGGCCACACCUCCCCCUGGGCUGGUGUCCGACUCUCCCAGAGGGUGCCAAGGUCUUUGGGUACCCUACAGCUGGCACAUCAACCCCUCAUGGAGGACAGGGAGGCAGAACUAAGUGCCCAUCUGCAGGCCCUGACUCUGACCUUGCCAGAUGAUUCCCCCUCCCCCAAGUUCUUCCCAGACAGGAGCCCAACCCAUAGUCCCCCUUGGGAACUGCUGCCUGGACCUUCUGACACCCACAUCGCAAGAGAGGACCAGCUAUCCCCCGACAGUGAUUUGGCUGCCCUCUGGCUGACAGAGGAUGAGGCAAGCGCCACAGUGGGCAGGGACCCCAGCCCCUGUGAUCAGUGUCCACCGGACCCUACCAUGUCUGACCUGGAGCUGCUGCAAGGGCUCCGGGCGCUUGGCAAGAGCCCGGGUCCCAUCACGUCCUUCACCCGGCCACGCUACCUCCAACGGCUGAAAGAAGCCCAGGCUGCUCCUAGCCCAGACUUUUCAAGGCACAGCCCAGAGCUGGCCGAAGCCCUGCGGACAGGCCGUAUCCCAGAUGCCCAAGCUGAUGAAGAUGCACUUGCCCAGCAGUUUGAGCGGCCAGACCCCACCAGACGGUGGCGGGAGGGGGUCGUGAAGUCCAGCUUCACAUAUCUGCUGCUGGACCCCAGGAAGACUCAGGACCUGCCAGCCCGAGCCUUCUCACUGACCCUGGCUGAAUGCCUUCGGAUUUUUGUCCAGGCCAUCUUCUACGUGGGCAAGGGAACACGGGCCCGGCCAGACGUUCACCUCUGGGAGGCCCUUAGCCACCGAAGACGGCCAGGAAAACAGGCCUGUCCCAAGGUACGCCGGAUCUUGGACAUCUGGGCCACUGGUCGUGGCAUUGUUUCCCUGCAUUGCUUCCAGCAUGUGGUCCCUGCAGAGGCUUACACUCGAGAAGCGUGUCUUGUGGAUGCUCUAGGAAUCCAGAUGCUGACUAACCAGAAGCAAGGACACUGCUAUGGAGUGGUGGCUGACUGGCCCCUCACCCGGCGCCGCCGCUUGGGGGUACAUCUGCUGCAUCGUGCCCUCCUUGUCUUUCUGGCUGAGGGUGAGCGAGAGCUACGGCCCCAGGACAUCUAGGCUUGUGCCUGAGCACUAGGGAAUUGGCCAUGUAACUUAAGUAGAGAUCAAGGUGUUUGAAUGUUUCAGCUGCCCCUACAUUGAGAGCAGCCCCCCACCCCUACCCCCCCAUCUCCAGCUCCAGAAGGCUGGUAAGGGAGCAGCAAGACAGAUCUCCUCCUUGGGGUAAGGGAGAACUUUAUUACAGAUGGAACUGCUGGAUAGGUAGUGAGCUCCCUGUCAUGGGAGGAGAAUAAGGGGAUGUGGGAAGAGAACAAGUAGACCAGAAGGUUCUUUGGAACAUGGUGCUUUGAAACAUGUCAGUGCUUUGGCAGUUUGGUCCUAUCUGGGCAAACAAGUGACCAUUUUUAUCUCCCUGAUACAGACGACCCACGAUGUAGGUUGUGCUGGGGGUUCCUGAGCUACAUGCAGGAAAUCUGCCCAGCUCAAGAGUCAAGUUUUGCUGCUUCCCAGUUGUGGGACCUCGGGCCAGUAAUUUCUCUGUCUGAGCCUCAAUUUCCUAAGUUGUACACAAUGAGGAAAGUGCAAAAUUCUACCUCAGGGGGUCAUUGAGGGAAUCAGAUUAAACUGUCAUGGGGUAAAGUGUUUGGCUCUGAGCCCUACUGACCCAGAGAUGACCUUGCAGCCCAGGUGGAAAGUUUCUGGUGGAACGGGGUUGCAGGGGCAUGCAGGAUGUUCCUGAGGGGUGUGUUGUGUGUUGAGGGGUGGGUAGAGCUGGAGAUUCAUUGGAAGGACUGAUGCUGAAGCUGAAACUCCAAUACUUUGGCCACCUGAUGUGAAGAACUGACUCAUUGGAAAAGACCCUGAUAUUGGGAAAGAUUGAAGGCAGGAGAAGGGAACGACA